AAAUACCCCUAAAAUUAAAUUUUCACUAUCUCUCUGACUUUCCCUCUCUCUCUGGCUCUCUGACUUUCCCUCUCUCUCGCUCAAAGACUUUCCCUCUCUCUCGCUCUCUUCACGAACCCACACGAACCAGACAACCAGACCAACGUACCCACGGCGUCGACCACGAAACCAACAAACCCACGCCGCCGUCGACCACCCACGAACCCAACCCCACGAACCAAACCCAAUCGACGAACCGAGGAGAAACUGCCGUCACCACCACGAGGAGAAACUGCCGUCGCCACCACGAGGAGAAACCGCCGUCACCACCCACGAGCAAAAACCGUCGCCUACACCACGAAAUUCAGUCAAAGAUGGCUCCCAGACUCAUUAUUCCAGCACCCGAGCAUUUCACUGGCCGCGUCACAUAUAGGGGCACUGGAAUUUUUGCCAAAAUUAAAGCUCGGUUUGAGGAGUUCAACCUUAACAACACGGCGAAGGAAAGCCGUUUCGGGAGCUUCUGGAAUGCCGUACCACUGACAUUCUCCUCGGUGUUAUUUCACCAGCUGAUGCUCCACAAAAUGAAAGUGGAUGCUCAGGAGGAGUUGAGGAUGAGGUUUUAUGUUGGUCGGAAGGAGGUCCGAUUCGGGGUGCUGGAGUUUGCACUCAUUACGGGUUUGGACUUCUCCUCGGGGCCAACAGAAGAGGAGAAGGCUGCGCAGGUCGCGCGCUCGGGGUCAGACCGACUGAUCAACAAAUAUUUCAACCGGUCUGAUAGUGUGAAGACAGAAGCACUCCAACUUCAGUUCACAACCGCCCUUCGGGCCGCGAGGCCAACGCGCUGA